AUGCAAAAACUGGAUGAGAAAUCCCCUAAUAAUUCUUUAUAUAACCAAAUUUUAAUCGAUUUUAAGCCCACAUUUCCUCCAAAAAUUACCAACGAUGAUCUAAUUUCGAAGUCAAAUGCAUUUAUUAUUUAUAGAAGGGUUUUUAACAGAGAAAUAUCUGAAUUUAAGCAUAAUAUUUCUUUAGAGGAAAUAUCUGGGAAAGCUUCCGAAAGCUGGAGAAUUCUUCAUGCUAGUCCAAGUAUCAUUAAUGGCAGCACUGGUCAAGAAAAUAAUAUGGACGAAGAAAGUAUUAACGGUGACUCUGAUUCGGUAUCUGAUACAAAUUUUAAAUCUUUUCUGAUCACUAGAGCACAUUCUGCGCCAAUCACUAAGAACUAUGAUCCUUUAAUAAAAGAUUUGGUUAUUUCCAAAUCUAAAAAACAGUCUUCAUAUCCAUAUAUAAUUUAUAAAAAAACUUCUAUCAAAACUGCAAGGAACAAUGGCUACAAUUCGAAAAUGACAACCGUACAUAAAAAAAAUAAAAAUAAAAAUCUGUCUCGAAAUGAGAUUACAUUUGAAUCUCUUAUCAAAGAAACCAGAAAGAAUAAAGGAAACAAAGAUGAAUGUAAUACAUUUAACGACAAAAUAGAAACGUUAUUGGAAGAAUAUAAUAUAAGGAAGGUUAAAUUUUCGCAAUCGCAAAUUAACAAUCGUCAACUCAUUGGUAGAGGUGGAUCAGCGAAUGUGUACUCUGUUGAUCUACAAGGAGAAAAAUGGGCAUUAAAAAGUUUUGAUCUUAACAUAAAAUGGGAUGUCAAAAAUUUUAAAAUAUUCCUCAAAGAGCGAGAAGAAAUGAUUCCUGGUACACCACAAGGAUACGCAAAUCUUUAUAUGAAGUGUUGGUCAUCUGAUCCAGAAAACCGUCCUAAAUUAGAUAGUAUUUUGUGUGAUCUUGAAAGAUUAUCAACAGAGACAGCUGUUAAAUUUAUAAUAAACGCCUCUAAUAAAUCAAGUGAAUAA